AUGAAAAUUGUAAUUUUCAUUGGAAUAUUCCUAGAAGUUUUGACUAUAAAUGGGUUUAUAACUAGAACUAAGCUCCCCAAGUUCAAUACUAAUUUGUAUAUGAUUUGGGCAUAUCCACUAUUCGAUGAUUCACCUAAGCGUGGUCCUAGGCGUAAAAUACACCAGGCAUUUGAACGAGGCCCAGUUCGUGCCAAUGUUACAUUGAACUAUGAAUAUGCCAAUAGACUGGCCCAAAACACGUAUCAUGUUCCAGGACAGGGUGAGUUACCCUAUAGGACUGAGGAGGGAUUGGGUGAUACUGAGGAUAUUCACACUAGUCCAGAGACCGCAUGUGGUGGUAUUGACAUUGACCCUGCCGAGUUUGACAAGAUAAAAACAGUCUACAAAGUUUUUAAUGAUAGAAAUUGUGGAGUUUUGAGGAUCAUUGGCGCAAAGUUGGGCCACUUUUCUUUUCUUUAUUACGGGCCCAUCAGGCACAAGUAUGGAAUUAAAUGCUACCUGAGAUACUUGAUAAAUAGAGUUUACCCAGGAUCUAAGGUCACUAUUUUAACUCAAGAGUCACAUGACCGUCAUAGGCUACAGGAGGGUGUAAAUCCAGGCCUUUUCGGUAAACAGCAACGUCUAAUGAUUACAGGCAGAGACUAUUGUGAAUCAUUUAAAGACGGACUUCCCAACGAAAACGCUCUCCCACCCAAAGUAGAUAUGAUAAUUUAG